AUCUUAGUUGGUGAACUCCCCACAUCCGGUGGACUCGAGAUUGGAUGGUGGUGACAAUGAAUCACGAGAAGUUAAAGCACAUGACGCACCCGGAAUCAUUAUCGCUACUCUUUCUCGACCACAACUUCUCUCCGCACGCUUCCCUGACCACCACACAAUCAUCAUGCGGAUCCGCUAUCCUUUCGCGGGCGCCUUCGUCUUCCUCUUGCUCUUGGCUGCUUAUAUCGGUCUUCUCCCCCACAGUGCAUCUCCAAGCGUUCCAUCGCAACUACAACCCAAUGACAAGUUUCUCCAUGUCGUGACGUUCUUCCUGCUGUCUCUCAUCUUCUACUGGAUUCCCGACACCACCCGCCGACGCAUGCUACAAUUGACCUUAAUUGUCUGCACCGCCAUUCUGGGAAUUGGCUCCGAGAUUGUCCAAGGGAUCCUCCCCAAUGGUCGCUCGUUCGACCCGUUCGACCUCCUCGCCAACAUAGUGGGCAGUCUCGGCGCAGUCGGCCUGUGCAGUUGGUACCACCGGCGGAUGCUGGAAAGACGGCGCAAAGCCCGUUUCGGAGCUCUUGGAGACGCCACAGAUGACGUUGAGCUCGGCGUCGGCCCCGGUCAUGGUGAGACCGACCAUGAGCAGGAGGGUUUAGAGCCCCAGGAAUCGGGGGUCACGAACCUGGAGCGUGAGGUCGACAAUUGGGAUGAGAAUGCCGUCGAUAACUGGGAUUCGGACGACGGUGCGAACGAGCCCUCUGGUUUGGUCGGGGAGGGCUCAAAAUCCUCCCCGCCUGCCGCCAAUGGGGACAAAGGAGAGGGGAAGAAACGAAGUGACUGAUUUGAUUUACACUGGGAUCUAAACCCAAUCGCCAUAAAACAUACCUGGUCGUUGCUACAGUGGAGACCAACCCUUACGCCAUUGCCAUCCUUACCAAUGUCACCGUAUCCUUACCCUAUCCCUCAUGACUGAUCUGUUCUACCGAUUUAUCCAUCAUGUUUUACGCCCUCCUUCAAGCAAUAUCCCAACUCGUUAUUGCUAUGUUGCUCAGCUUGUUUGACGAUUAAUUUGCAGGAUAUAACACUCUUUACGAUCUUGAACUUGAUUAUCUCAUUUUGUGGGAUUUGCGGUCCAUCUUCAUACAUUAAGGCUCGACUUUCUGGCGUGUUCUUUUUAUCAGGGACUUCCGGCGUUGUAAAUAAUGUCAAAAGCUUUACGCUUUCUAGCAUACGGAGCAGACUAUCGCUGAAAGCAAAUCCUAUUAUCUUACCCC